GGCCUCUCCGAGCGAGGUUUGUUUUCAUGCUGCUGCUAGUUGAAUCCUGCAGUAGCACAGACAGCAGCAGGAGCGAGGCGUGUUUACAUAUCUCCGUGCAGAAAAGAAAAUGUCUUUUAAGACCGUGGGCACCGUGCUGACACGGACACUGUGGGCCCGGGGCAACAGGACCCCUCCACUCGCCAGAUCCCCACGCGUGAACAGACUGUCCACCUCGUGCAGGGCGCUCGCAGGCUCGAAGCAAAUAGGGAAAAACAAGGGGCAAAGUUGCAGCUCGGACACGGACAGGCCGAGCGGCGGAGACGCGCCGUCAUCCAGCGAGCCGCCGCACAAAUGCGGCAGCGGGGAGAAGAAGAGGCAGAAGGAGACCGUGGGCGCCCCGGGCGCCAGCGGCGUCAGGAGACGCUCGUUCACGUCCAACGCGGCGCCCAUGGACCAGACGUCGUUCCUCUGGAGUCGUUACAACGACCUGAAGCGGCUGGUUUACGACCUGAUCCCUCCCGGUGCAUGUAAAAGCCUGAACUCCUCGGUGAUCUACGCCAACAACGAGGUCAGCUUGGAGGAAGUGGACAUCUACGGCUUUGACUACGACUACACGUUGGCUCAGUACUCCAACGCGCUCAAUGCGCUGAUCUAUGACACAGCUAAAGGAUUCCUGAUUGAGCACUUUAAGUAUCCUGAGGAAAUUGCAAAAUAUGAGUACAUUCCCAACUUUACUGUCCGAGGUCUUCACUAUGACAUCCAAAAGGGACUCCUGAUGAAAAUUGAUGCCUUCCAUUACAUUGAGCCAGGAACAGUGUACCGGGGUCUGAGUCCAGUGUCGGACGAUGAGGUCCUUUAUCUCUACGGGGGGACUUUCCACGUCCCGCUGUCGCAGGACAGUGGAUUCUACGGAAAGGGACCGAAGGUGAAGCAGUUCAUGGACAUCUUCUCCAUCCCAGAGAUGACCCUCCUGGCCGUCGCCAACGACUUCUUCAUUACCAACGACAUCGAGUACGACCCGGUUCACCUCUUCAAAGAUGUUUCUGAAGCAAUUGGCAUGGUUCAUCUCAAAGGUUACAUGUACAAGUGGAUCAUGCAAGACCUUGACAAGUUUAUUCUGAGAAAGGAAGAGACGGACGCUGUCCUUCAUCGGUUGGUCAGUCAGGGGAAGAAGCUGUUCCUCAUCACCAACAGUCCCUUCAGCUUUGUGGAUAAAGGAAUGACGCACAUGGUGGGGAAAAACUGGAGAGACUUUUUUGAUGUUGUUAUCGUGCAGGCAGAUAAACCUCACUUCUUCACCGACUGUAUCAAACCUUUCAGGCGCUUGGAUAAUAACGGAGACCUGCGGUGGGAAAAGAUCAACCGUUUGGACAAAGGGCAGAUCUAUAAACAGGGUAACUUGUUUGACUUCCUCAGACUGACCGGAUGGCGAGGAUCAAAGGUUCUUUACUUUGGAGAUCAUCUUUAUAGCGACUUGGCUGAUCUGAUGUUGCGACACGGCUGGCGCACCGCAGCCAUCGUCCCAGAACUGGAGCACGAAACCAAAAUAGUGAGCGCGCACCGAUACGCUGUGACCCUCACCUGGCUGCAGGCCCUGACCGGCCUGAUGGAGCGGCUUCAGACACACCGUGACCCAGCCUCCAAAAAAGUUUUUCUGGAAUGGCAGAAAGAAAGAGAAGAACUGCGGGUGAUGACAAAGAACCUGUUCAACCCUCAGUUUGGCAGCAUCUUCAGAACAUGCCACAACCCCACCUACUUCUCCAGACGCCUCAGCCGAUUCUCAGACAUCUACAUGGCUUCUCUCAGCUGCCUGCUGAACUACGACCCCUCGUACACCUUCUACCCCCGCCGCACGCCCCUCCAGCACGAAGCCCCCCUGUGGAUGGAUCAGCUGUGCACCGGCUGCAUGAAGACACCCCACAUCGAUGACAUGGCCAGCAUUCGAUGAGAGCUGUGCUCUCCCCGCUGACUCUUUGGACACAUUUUAGGUCAAAAGUGGCAAACACUUGAGGUAGCCGGAGCAUUUAGUUCCUUUUAACAGGGUCUGUUUUUAUCCAAGAAGGUGCUGCACAAUUCCUUCCACUGGACACUGCUCACUCGUAGAGGAAACCUCCUCACUGGGUCCACUGGACGGCGCUGUAGAGCUACAGUUGACGUGUCAAUGAAAUGUGGUACAAGAUUGACAGAGGAUUGGUGAGAAUGGGGAAGCUGUUUAAUACUAAGCUGCAUCGCACAAAUAAAGAACUAAAAUCUUUUAUAAUUCUGUGUUUACCUUAUUAACCCCAACGUGCUGUACUCUUCGUGUAAUUACAGGUGCAGCAAUGAACAAAAUACCUCACUAUGUUGAACAUAAUCAGUGGCGCAUGGAGUGGAAACUAACCGUUUAGUGAUUUGCAUAUGGAUUGUGACUUCUUCAAUCUGAUUGGUCGGUUGGUUGCUAGGCAGCACAGCGUUCGUUGCUCGCCUGAAGACGACGGCAGAGGCCGAGUACAGCUGCUAAGUUACACUUUAGCGCUGGUGAGUGAAAUGUUUCGGAGCGAAGGCUGCGGCGGUUAUUAACCUACAGGAGCUGCUGCUGCUAAUUUAACCAAAACAGCGACACAAGUCUGGGUCCAACUGUUUUUUUUUGGUUUUGGUUUUGUUUUGUCGCGCUGUCCCGCCUUUCUGGAACCAACUGUGUACUUCCUGUUGCUCUUUUUGUUUUGAUGCAGUGUGAGAUUUGUUGUGAUGGGAGUUAUCAAUAAAUGCAUACAGCUAA